AUGGCUCACCAAUGGGGUUAUGGACAAGGCCAUCCUCUGGGUACAUACAACCCACAAGGAAUACCUGGGCAACAGUAUCCAACUAUGCCUGGUCAGAUGGGCCAGGUUCCACCUCAACAAUAUCAGAUGGCAUAUGCCCCACCUCAAGGGCAACCACCAUAUGAUCAGAUGCUUUAUAACCAAGCAAACAUGAUUCCUGGUUAUCCAGGACAACCUCCUAUUCAAUCUAUGUAUGGCCCACCAGCUGGUAUUGAUCCCCAAGUUUAUAACUGGUUCAAGAGUGUUGAUCUUGAUCAAUCAGGAAAGAUCACUGCGAAAGAAUUGCAGCAGGCUUUAUUUAAUGCUGACUGGAAACAUUUCAAUAAUGAAACUGUUCGCCUGAUGAUCAAUAUGUUUGACAAAGACCAAAGUGGCACAAUUGAUCUGCAAGAAUUUCAACAACUUUGGAAGUUCAUCCAAGAAUGGCGUGCUAUAUUCGAUCAAUAUGACCGAGGCUCAGGGAAACUUGGUCAAAAUGAGUUACAAAAUGCUUAUCAACAAAUGGCGAUGGACAACGUUCUCUGA